AUGGGCAGGCGCAACAGCUGCACCAUUUAUGUAGGCAAUCUCCCUGGGGACAUUCGUGAGAGGGAGGUUGAGGAUCUCUUUUACAAGUAUGGCUGUAUUGUCGAUAUUGACUUGAAGAUUCCUCCAAGGCCUCCUGGUUACGCUUUUGUUGAGUUUGAGGAUCCCCGUGAUGCUGAUGAUGCAAUUUAUGGCCGUGAUGGGUAUGACUUUGACGGCUGCAGGCUGCGGUUCAUCUCUCAGGUGGAAUUAGCUCAUGGUGGAAGAGCUCAAUCUUACUCGUAUGAUCGCCCAAGCAGCUUUAGCAAUGGACGCCGUGGAGGUGUUUCUAGGCGCUCUGAGUUCCGAGUUAUGGUUGAUGGUUUACCUUCGUCAGCGUCAUGGCAAGAUCUCAAGGACCAUAUGCGCCGGGCUGGCGAUGUCUGUUUUUCUGAUGUAUACCGCGAGGGCGGAGCAACCGUUGGAGUUGUGGAUUAUACAAACUACGAUGACAUGAAAUAUGCGAUUAGGAAGCUCGAUGAUACAGAGUUCAGAAAUGCAUUUUCAAGGGCAUAUAUCAGGGUGAGGCAGUAUGAUGCUAGAUCAAGAAGCAGGAGCCGUAGCCUCUCUUACUCAAGAAGUCGCAGCUAUAGCAGAUCUGUCUCUCGAUCACCCUUACCUGUGGAUGAAAGCCUGUUAUAUUCCAUAGAGGAUGGGUAUGGUUGUCAGGUCACUGUCAAGAUCUCGGUCUCCUGUUUCUUCGGUAAAUCUCGACAAUCUGUUGGCAGAAUCUUUACUCGAGCCACUUGUUCGAAGAAGCUAAUGGAACUCUUUUGCAGGUUUCUGGAAAAUCCGUGA